GCUGAGCAGGAGCGGAGACCGUCAGCUGACCGCGGAGCUCCGAGCGCCUCGUCCCCGUUCAGAGCCUGGAACCGAGCCGGGAGUCCGCCGAGCCGAACCGGGAGUCCGCCGAACCGGAAGUCCGCCGAACCGAACUCCGCCUGCUGCCGCCCAACAGGAAGUUUGAUGUCGGCGCCAGUCCAGUAUUCAUGGCCGAUCGGACCCAUCUGUCUCGUCUGUGGACUCCUCUUGGUCUCCUCCCCGCUCCUCUCUGCAGGCCGGCUGAACUGCUCUCACCCUCUGGUACCAGAACAUGGAGGUUUCCGCUGCGACCCGUCUCCAUGCCGCGGGUUUUCUUAUAAGACUGUCAUCCGGGUCUUCUGCGAGAGCGGAUACCACCUGGGCAACAAGAAGCCCGGCUCCAGGUGUCACCGGGGGAAGUGGGUCCCGCCCAUCCCCUCCUGCAUCCCCAUGAAAGACGGGUCCAACAUGAAGUCCGACGGCGACAUGCCCAGCAUGGCCACCACCGCGGUGGGCGUGUCCAUCUUCCUGCUCACCACCACUGCCUGCCUGAUCGUCAAGUCCCGCCUCUAUCCCUGCCGAUCGCACGGCCGUCGCUCCUCGGACCAGCUGGACCUGAUGGUGGACGGCCUUUCCGUGUCUCUCCCGUCCUACGAAGAGGCGGUGUACGGCAGCUGGGGGCAGCGCCUCCCUCCCUGCUCCGCCCCGGGACCGACCCAGCUCCUGCUGGCCCAGGAGGAACCCGGCUUCUGCCCGGUGGCUCCGACCGGCCAGCCGGACGGCAGCCGCCAGCCCCUGCUGUCCGCCCACAGCCCAGAGAACCCCCCGCCGCCCUACGAAGAGGUCCAGUCGUCCCGCUCCAGAGACCGGCUGAACGACGGGAACAUCCGCCGCCUGUCGGACGAUAAAGACACUUGAUCGCUAAGGCGCUCCUGUGGAGACGCGAUUGUGUCAGCUGGUAAUCUUCAGCGUUUCAUCUGACGAAGAUGAAGGAGGAGCAGCUGAUUCCUCCACCACCUGCACUUUUCCUGACUGGCUGCAGCUGCGCAGCAUCAGAACAGAAAUGAUUUUUACACAAAGCUGACGAAAUCCGAUCGGCCAGCCGUCGGCGCACAGAACACGGGACUCGUGUUCUUGGAGGCGGACGAGUCAAUAACACGCUUCUGUUAUUGAUCAUGUCAGUCACACGUGUUGAGAAAACGCUGACUUGGAAAACCCCCAGUGUUGUUUGGCGCCCGGUGCGCCGCCGGCUCUGGCUGAGGAGGAGAGUUUUCUAAAUGAAUCCUUGAUGUAUUGAGUGUUUAUGAAUGUAAGGCUCGGGCUGGACGUCGUUUCCCUCCUGGCCGGUUUCUAAGCUGUUAAAACAUUAAUUUAUGUAAAUGUUUGGCGUGUUUUCGGUUCUGGAGACGUCGUCGUUUUUCCCUCCCCUCAGUGAUGGGGCUGUGUUUCCCGUUUCCUGUCUGAGACUUUUGCACGUCUCCAUCUGACGGCGGUGCAGAUUUUAAACACAGAUUUAUCAAAGUAAUUUAAGCGUUUUAUGAAUUGUACAGAAAAUAAAUAUAUUUAGAGAAUCAAAUGUAAUCGGUGGACAGCAGAAUGUAAAUACCUAUAUUUUUAUUAUAUCAUUUAAAUCUACUACGUAAGAUUAAUUUUCUUUAAAUCAGACUAACGGGCCUUUUUUGUUUUGCUUUUUAUUUCUUAACUUGCAAAAAAAAAAUCUUUAAAUGACCUGAAAGCUUCAGACACUUUCCUGUUUUUAUUUUUUGCCUUCACAGACCUUGAAUGUAUUUAAUGUUUGAUUUUGUGUAGCUGUUAAAAGUAUUUUGGUACUUGCAGAUGAUUAUUUGUACAUUGUGUUAUUGCACAGAAUCCUAAUAUAAGAAAUAAAUGGUUGAGGUGUUUA